UGCUGUGUGACGUAAUACGUAAAUAAGUUCGAGCUUGUGCUGCUUACUCUCGAGGUUGCUAUAAUUAUCUCUCGCCUCAGAAAUAUAAAUGACAGAGCUACAAUUACAUAUAAACUGUUAGUAGAUCAAAGUUGACAUUUUAUUCGACACACCAGGAUAUGCUGUCUGACUUUGGAACGUAAAUACAAAGUCAAAAUCGUGUGGACAACAAACCGAGACGUCAACAGCUAACAGGAGUCAGCACCACAAAUCUCCACACCGUGUUCACUCUCACUUUCUCUUCCAUUUCGUCUGUAGUCGGCCUUUACAGUCUGUCACCAAGUUCAGUACGUGGUUUCGCCAGGAGAGGAUGAACUGGCUUUUCCCCCUGUCCAAAGGCUCCGGAUCUCUCCCUCUGAACAGCCUCCAGCAACAAAGACAGCGGCAGAUCGAGUCACUCAAAGCCGCUCAUCCCAGCCUCGCAGAGAUCCAGAAGGAUGUGGAGUACAGAAUACCAUUCACAGUCAACAACUCCACCAUUAGUGUUAACAUUCUGCUGCCUCCUCAGUUCCCCCAGGAGAAGCCGGUGGUUAGUGUCUACCCCCCUGUUGGUCAUCAUUUAGUUGACGGCAAUAAUGGCACCAUCAUCACUAGCCCUCUUAUUACUAACUUUGGGAUGCACUCCGAUCUGGGUAAGGUCAUUCAGAGUCUGCUGGAUGAGUUCUGGAAAAGUCCUCCUGCCUUGAUGUCAACAGGCCCUGCUGGCUUUACUUAUAUGUACAAGUUGGGUAUGGCUCCUACCCCUCAGGCUUACCACUACGGUCCACGCCACGUGGGCCCCGGUCACACGGCGCCUACUGGGCCAGGCCCAGCUCCAGCUCUCAUGCCUCACCCAGGAGCCGAUGGUGGCCAUGGGCCCCCUCGAGCUCCAGCCCCAUACGGAGUGAUUUCUGACCUGCCACUGCCUGUUCCUACUGGAGACCUACAGGCUGGAUUGAACGGACACAUGUACAAGAUGCCUGAGAUUCCUGAGUCUUUUCCUGAACUCUGUGACUUGAAUCUGGCCCAGUUGUCCAACAUGUCUGAAAACGAGGAUUUGUUACAGGAGUUCUUUGUGAGUUUGCCACAACUGAAACAGGUCACCAGUGAUAAAGAAGAGCUGAUCACCAAUAUAGUUGAUGUGGCUAAGAAAAAUCUUCAGAUGGAGCCACAGCUGGAAGGAAAAAGACAAGAAAUGCUCUACAAGUAUGAACAGCUGACUCAGAUGAAGUCGUCCUUUGAGACAAGAAUGCAGAGACAGCAUGAGCUCAGUGAGAGUUGCAGUCUUAGUACUCUCCAGGCCCGGUUAAAAGUUGCAGCCCACCAGGCUGAGGAGGAGUCGGAGGAGACGGCUGAAAACUUCCUGGAGGGACGCACGGACAUAGACGAAUUCCUGACCAGCUUCAUGGAGAAGAGAACGCUUUGCCACAGCAGAAGGGCCAAAGAGGAAAAAUUGCAACAGUCCAUCAACACACAUGGACCGUUUCCUACCAGCCACUAGAACACAAGGUUUGGUGUUUUCUCAGCCAACUGCUGCCAACUAAAAGAAUAAAGACUUUUGAGGAGACGAAAAGCACACUGAGUCAACAAUGGGCACUUUGGAAGACACUAAUUGCAAUGGUGGGCUAAAAAAAGAAACCCACUGUGCCCACAUCUGGGCUAAAAAUACUGUUGAAGUUGGAUUGCUAUAGAGCAAGAUAGGUAAGCUCUUGUCACUACAAGAGGGCCAAAGGAGUGACACAUGCCUAGCUUUUCCAACCAUGUUACUAAGGAUUGAUCACAUUUUGGAUCAUUUUUAUUGCAUAUGCUGUUUGUCCAGUUUUGACUUGACAGGGAUGACAAAGAGUUGUGUUUCUUUCCUAUAUUUAUGUCACGUUGAGAGCAACACCUGCACCUGAUCAGAGUUAUUAGUGACACAUUUGAAUAGUUUAGGAAAUGACUCCCAAUCUUGACAUUUAGUUUCAUGCAGUGGGCAAGAAUUUGUGACUAUAAAAGAAGUGUUAAAAAAUGCUUAUGUGUCUGUACUUCCUUUCUCUAAGAUCAUUGUCAAGUCCUUGCUUUAUUAUCCCAGAAAGGUCCUACCGGACAGACAGAAAACCGACCUUUGACACUGCAAAACUGCUGUUUACAUUGAUUUGGUUGUUCUAUGCUACAUGUAUACUCCAACAUGUAUACUUUUGGACAGUGGUCAAUUCUUUAACAAGUUGGUGGCUUUCCCCAUUGAGUAAUGUCUUGAACACAGCCUCGAUAUCAGUAUGUUUGCUUUACAUUAAUAAUUUGGUUAAAGGGGUGCAUGUUAUCUGUUGUACCUCAAAAUCAGAAUGAAUGUAAUCCAAAUAACAAACCUGUUUGUAUUUAAUUGCUGCAUUAGGUUUGUGAGAGGUUAAUGAAAUGUUGACCAGAGGUUAACAUAAAUUCUUUCAAACAUUGACCAGUUUAACAAACACGUUAUGUAAACGGAGGUUAUUGGGAAAUCAGAAUACAGAAAACCAUAUAAACGGUUUAAUCACACUAUCACCCUCAUUCUGUGCUUUUGACAUGAAUCAAAUUAUUUGUGUACAUGUAAACAUACUGACUAUGAUGAGCACUAUUAUGAAAACCUGUCUAUUUUCUGACACCUUUUGAACUUUUUUGGUGAAGAGCCUCAGAAGAUUUGGGACAAUGUUAUGUUCAAUGCUGCGGUAAAACUCAAUGACAUUGGAUACUGUAUUUAAAUAAUGUUAAUAAUAAUAAUAGGCUAUAUUGUAAUCAAAGACUCAGACACCUUGUAUUAUAUGUUCUUAUUUAAUUUGUUGGACUAAUAAAGCAUUUAGUAUAAA